AUGAAGGUCGAGGGCAGAACUUUUGUCAUAUCUGGAGGAGCUUCCGGCCUCGGCCGAGCAUGUGCACAGGACAUAUGUCGCCGCGGUGGCUAUGUCGCCAUCCUGGACAUGAAUGCAGAACUUGCUGAAGAGCUCGUGAAAGAGAUCGGAGCAGGAAAGUCCAAGUUUUUUGAGACCAAUGUGCUAGAGACCGAAAGCAUUGCCGCCGCUGUCAAAGGGACUAUAGCCUGGUCCAAAGAAACUGGCAAAGAGAUUGGGGGCGUAAUUGCAGGCGCCGGUGUUUCUUCCCCAGCAAAGAUUCUCGACCGCAAUGGAAACCCCUUUAGCCUUGAUGAUUUUGAAUUUGUCAUGAAUGUGAACGUCCGAGGGACUAUCGACCUCGUUCGCCAGUGUCUCCCUCACAUGGCCAAAACCACACCAGUAGGGGAGGACGGUGAACGUGGAAUCGUCAUCAUGGUAGCGUCGUCAGCUGCCUUUGACGGCCAACCGGGACAGGUUGCCUACAGCGCCUCCAAGGGUGCCAUCGCAUCUCUCACCCUGCCCUUGACAAGAGAUCUUGCUCGAUACGGGAUCCGCGUUGUCACAAUUGCACCUAGUCUUUUUGAUUCCAGGAUGACCUCGGUGAUGUCUGACAAGGUUCGCGCAAGCUUGACUAGAGUCAUGGAAUUCCCAUUGAGACCAGGACAGCCCCAUGAGUUCGCCCAGUUGGUCAUACAGAGCAUAGAGAAUAUCAUGCUGAAUGGCGUCGUGCUCCGGCUGGAUGGAGGCAUGAGAAUGCCAAGCAAAAUGUAA